UUUUGAAUGCCGAACGGGGUUGCGGAAGUCGAGCUGGAAGGUUUACACGCUUCAAUUCGAUCAGGAGGAACAGCACAGCAUGCUGGGCUCUGGAUUUAAAGCUGAGCGUUUACGAGUCAAUUUGAGAUUAGUCAUAAACCGUCUCAAACUACUGGAGAAAAAAAAAACGGAACUGGCUCAGAAAGCAAGGAAGGAGAUUGCUGAUUAUCUGGCUGCUGGGAAGGAUGAACGAGCACGGAUCCGUGUGGAGCACAUCAUCCGCGAAGACUACCUUGUGGAGGCCAUGGAGAUCCUGGAACUGUACUGCGACCUGCUGCUGGCUCGGUUUGGCCUCAUUCAGUCUAUGAAAGAGCUAGAUUCUGGACUGGCUGAAUCUGUGUCUACACUGAUAUGGGCUGCUCCUCGACUCCAGUCAGAAGUUGCCGAAUUAAAAAUAGUUGCUGAUCAACUCUGUGCCAAGUAUAGCAAAGAAUAUGGCAAGUUAUGUAGGACCAACCAGAUUGGAACUGUUAAUGACAGGCUAAUGCAUAAACUCAGUGUGGAAGCCCCACCCAAAAUCCUCGUGGAGAGAUACCUGAUUGAAAUUGCCAAGAAUUACAAUGUACCAUAUGAGCCUGACUCUGUGGUUAUGGCAGAAGCUCCUCCUGGGGUAGAAACAGAUCUCAUUGAUGUUGGAUUUACAGAUGAUGUGAAGAAAGGUGGCCCUGGUAGAGGCGGCGGUGGUGGGUUCGCAGCACCUGUUGGUGGGCCUGAUGGAACAGUGCCAAUGCCUAUGCCCAUGCCUAUGCCCAUGCCAUCUCCAAAUACUCCUUUCUCAUAUCCAUUGCCAAAGGGACCGUCAGAUUUCAAUGGAUUGCCAGUGGGGACUUACCAGGCUUUUCCAAAUAUUCAUCCACCUCAGAUACCAGCCACUCCCCCAUCAUAUGAAUCUGCUGCACACCAGAGUUUGCAGAGUGCUCUUCAAGACUGA